ACGAUCGGGCGUCGUACUGUUGCAGCUGCUGCCUAUUACAUGGAAACACCUGGCUGCUUUAGUUCCUGGCCUUUGGACUGGCGCUUCCUGCGUUUCGCAUCACUCGAACGCAGCCGCUGGUCGUCGCAGGGCGGUUUAUGCACGGCUGCGCAAUUUUGCCUCACUUCAGACGUGCAUAGCGAAACUACGCGUGCAAGUACACGGACUAUCAAAAAUGUGCGAUCGGUUUGGUUUAGUGUUGCAACUGGUAUCUCAGGCUCUUGGCCAGGACGAUCGAAAUGAGUAUGAGAAAGCCUAUGUAAACUAUUUAAAAAGCCUGGACGCCAUUGCUGCCAGCUUGCUGAAGGAUUACGAGUCUCAUGGCAUCCCAGAGACUCCAGUACCUGUGAACAAUGCCAAAAAAGUUAUUUCUGUUGCAAGGCAAUGCCUAGACAGAGCGGAAAAGAUAAUAGGAACAUCACUGAACCAGUUCUAUGCUGAACAAGAAAGAUGUAAUGAAACCUAUUCAUGUCCAUUGCCUACUGUUGAGUUGGAGACCCCAUGCACACCUGAGGUACUAAGUGGGGCAGGUCUGCCAUCUGUGGCAUUUUUGGCUCCUCGGAUUCUGUCACGACAGUCACAUCAGCAGCCACACUCGGAUGCCUCUUCUGAUGCUGCACUGCUCUCCAACCCCAUGUUUACUGUGAGAACAUGUGGUACACUCGCAAAGACCAAAGUAACAAGGAGAGUGCUGUCACCUAUGGAACAAAUGGAACAAGAGAACACUGCUGUGUGUCAGCGUUACCAUGCACUUAUUCAACGGACUGUGGACCCCAUGGCCAAACAGAAUCUGCGCCUUGAACUUCAGCGCCGACUAAUGGAUAACCUGAUGGCUGGAAGGAAGAAACAGGCAGAGUAUCUGAGAAACCUCCAAGAGCAAGAAAAGAAAAUUGCUGAAAUGGCUGCAAGAAAAUUGCAGGGUUCUGGGGAGUGCAUAACACCAGAAGAGAAGCGACAGCAGGAGCUUUUUGCCAGAAUUCUGCAGUAUGAAAACAACCGUGAGUGGCCUCCAGCUCUUCAAGACAUGCUUGAAUCUCAUCCAAAGAAUCCGAAAGUCGCAAGGCAUAUUGUGAUGCACAUUCUUGGGGACUCCAAACAUCCUCUAAGCCAGUGGCUGGCUAAAGAGCGCGUCGCAUUGCAGCGAGAGAUUGUGAUGGCCCUGGAUAGCAGGAGCCAUCUGGUGGCAGCUCCUAAGGAACCCUCAAGUGGUGGCAAUCAACGAUCCGUAGCCUGUGCCCAUGUGGAAAGUGUUCUUCGAACUGCACUACUACUGCUAGGUUUGACGCUUGAGCCACUGAAAGACCCUGCUGCUCAAGAAGUAUGCUACAGUGUGCUCGAAGACCACUUCACCUGGCCACUGUGGCCACACCUUCUGGCCACUGUCAGGUUAGAAAACCUUUCAGGGGAGCAGCGUGUGGCAACCACCAUUAGCCAGCUGGCCUCAGCAUCAGCUGAGGAGAUGCACGUCUCACCUUGCCUGCACAAGAGUCCCGCUCUAAGUGAGGCAGUGGGCAUGCUGCGCACUGUGCCUCGGCUUGGCCCUAGUCAUAAACUACGUGUACUGGUUCAUGUCACUCGGCUGGUUUGUACAGAACCUCUUGCAAGCGAAGAUGAACACCAUAGGAAGCUAAUGGGAGCUGAUGACCUCAUUCCUGCAUUAAUUUACAUCUUGGUGCAGUCAAAGGUACCACAGCUGUAUUCUGAAUACCUUGCACUUGAGCAAAUACUAGAUUCUAGGUACAUGCUUGGAGAAGAAGGGUAUUGCUUAGCUUCAGUCCUGAUGGCCUUCAAGUACCUGGAAUCACUACCUUGAGCCAGACAACCAAGCUUUUAUUUUCUGAACUUCUGUGAAGCUACUUUUUUUUAACAAAUGAGUGAACUUUCAGAUCUUGUUUAAAGGCUGAAAACUCGAUAGGUAAAGGUGACACUUUCUAUCUCCAGCAUUUAGUGGAACUUUGCCAACAGUAUGUGAACUUAAGUUUCGCUACCAUGCCCAAUUUAUGGACUGGCAAAGUGCUUGAGCUAAUUGUGCUCAAACUACAAGCUGUUUUUCAUACUUGAGAUUCGCAUUAUGACUGCUUGAUGAUAAUGCGAAGUCCCUAACAUUAGGGCAAGCAAGCAGCUCUGUAGUACUACAGUGUCAUUAAGUGUUGGACUCCUGUUCAAAAUAGUUGACUACAUGCCUAAACAGUGCUGCCAGUCUGAAAACAGUCAUGUACGUUACUGUUCUCCGCGAGUGGCAUGCUACGGGUAUGUUAGUGUUGCUCAAAUGGUUCUGUGCUCACACAAAAUGCGCGCAGAAACGGCCAUAUUUGAAUUGUUGAUUCUGUACAGUCAAUAAAGACGUAUUUAAUGAAUUGA